GGUGGAGGGGAAUUCCUCAAGCCCGCGCCAUUACGCGUUUCGCCCCUCAUCAACCAUCCCACCCGUCCAACCCCAGCACAGUUACGAGGUUCCAUCCAAGAAAACCUUAGCCUUAGUCCUGCAGGCUUGCAGACGGACGACCGUCGACAAGACCCGAUCAGCCACCACUGUCACUGCCAACUACCUACCAGGAUCGACGCCCGGGCAUUAUUCACUAUUGAAGACGGCCACACACCUUCGACUACCUUACCUAUCAUGGUACGGUACAUGGUGUCUGUAAUACCUUCGCGCCUGUUUGGGACUUCGUACAUGCAAAUCAGCGAGGUCGCUACCAGACGGGCACGACGGGCUUUUCGUCAUUCCCAUUCCGCCGCUUUGUUUCUCUGGCUUUAACUAGAUGCUACUUCAGGCUCCCGCCUUCGCCGUACGCUACACGCGGCUCUCUUUUCCACUGGUCAGUGGUAUUGCUGAGCGAGAUGCGGCCGCAUGAGAGGCGUGCGUCGGCGAAGCUCAAGAGUGGUUCAGUCUGAAACUUGACUGCCUCUGCAUCAUUCAAGCAGGCAGUCAAUCAUGAUUGCCCUUUCCGAUCCCGAACGAACAUUUCCUCGGGCAGUAUUGUGGUUUGUCUGUCUCGCGGGAGCGGGACUGCGUUGCGACUCAUGGGAAUUCUGGCACAACGCCUCAAACACAGUCAGACAGCAUCUUUCAUCUGAUACUCGAUCCUCAGAUGCUAUGAGGACCGAACAGCAUCUCGACAAUGGACCCCUAAGGCCGAGACACACAAUCACUUGGAUUGGACGCCUGAGGACAGCGAGGAUCAUGCCCGUCCCACCGCCUCUUCCUCUCCAGUGCUCCACGUUGUCAACUUUUGCCCAGCCCGGCUUUGGGUCCUUGGGGUGAGAUGUUGGCCACCCCUGUAAGCCGGUGGACUUCGUGUUCAACGGCCAUACGAAGGCUGGGCCGUAACAGUACUGCGAGCCUGCGAGGUCCACUUACAACCGAGAGUCCGGAUUAUCAACUUGGCUGCCAGACCGCCGCAUGAAGCGUUAGUCUUCAGCUCUAGUCGUCAACACCCGCGCAUUCCAUAUUGUAUAGUUGAGCUGCGCCUCAAUCGCAGCUGCACACAUGACGCGGAUCGAUGGCUUACGGUACGCGCACAACAGAUACGUGGAC